CUUGACUGACAUAACUUAUUCGCUUAUGUUGGAUGUUGGACUUUUCGUUUGUUUUGACGUCUAUGUUUGAUGUUUGAUUGGAUUGAUCCAGAAAUCGAAAUCGGGUGAAGGUAAAAGUUUUACUGAAAUCGUUUUUAUUUAAUAAUAACCAACUGCGAAGAGGCGGUACAUAUUUAUAACCAUUGAAAGAUUAUAAAAAAAUGCCACACUUUAGGAUUGAAACAAAUGUCCCCAAAGGCAAAAUUCCUCAAGAUUUCUUAACGAAAGCAGUGCCAGUUCUUGCUAGAGCACUGGGUAAACCAGAACAGUACUGUGUAGUCUCCAUUAUUCCUGAUGUACCAAUGAGUUUUGGUGGCAGUACGGACCCGUGUGCCAUAGCUAACUUGAUGUCUAUUGGAUCUCUUGGUGUUGAACAAAAUAAGAAGCAUGCUAAAGUUUUAUUUGAACUGGUUGAGAAGGAGUUAGGUGUUCCGCAAGACAGGAUGUACAUCACUUUCCAAGAUGAACCUACAGGCAAUGUUGGCUUUAAAGGCACUACUUUCCAUUCUUUGUUUGGUUAAUCCUUACUAAUUAGUAUUAAGCAUAACAUGUUCCUUAUUACAUUAUAAUUGGCCUUAAUCAUUAUCAUUAUAAAUCAAUUUAUCUUUAUUUAAUCACCAUGUUAUUAUUUGUAUGUUAACUUUUUAUAAAAUCAAUUAUUAAAAUUCUCCUCAUAA